UUCACCUUUAGCUAGUUCGAAACGUGAACGGUAGUGUGUUGAGGAAACCUCCAUAUUUUUUUGUGUUGUUUUCGACCUGCCCGAUUAUAUUUUCAUUUUUUAUGAAAUCAUUCACGGUUUGUUUUUGUUGGAUCGUGUGCUAUGGAACGGAGAUUUGGUUUUUACACUAAAAGAUCUGAACACUACGACAACCUUCAGCAAGCGAACGAAAACCACCUGCGUCAGCAGAAGCAACCGCUUAAAGACGCGACAAAUACCGGCUCUAUAGACAAGCAGGAGAAAAAUAAUAACAACGAAGGAGAGCAAAGAAACGGAAGUACCAGAAGAGAAGCCGAAUCGUCGCAACAAGGUGGAAACGGGGACAACAACAAUCACCAAGGUAGUAGGUCCUUGCAGUGUUUAGAAACCUUAGCUCAGAAGGCUGGAAUUCACGAUAUAACCGCUGACGAUUGCAAGUAUGAUAUUGCCCACACGUUGUUAAAUCUAGACAGAGGACAGCAACACCAACAGCAGAUCAUAAAACAAGAAGCGGGAAGUCAUAACAAAAUGAGCGACAUCAAGAGCCAACAACAGCAAAUCGCAGACGCGAACGCGCAAGCGCAGGCGGUGGCACAACAACAACAGCAACAAAUGCAACAGGUGGCCCUUCAGCAAGAGCAACAAAUGGUUACCUCCCAGAGUCCGCAUCAGAUUCAGCAGGUCACAGUUAAUGCAUCGAAUGGGCAGCUUCAAGCCACAACAUCAAUGGGACCGCCCCAACAACACACUGUUUCGAUACAUCAACAAGUUGCCCCGCAGGGUCAAAUGAUACAGACACAGGGCGGUCAGGUUCUAACCACUGCUCAAUCAGGAAGUACAACCAUAACAACAAUGUCACCUCUGCAACAUACACAGAGCCAUCCACAACAACUCGGCGCUGAUUGGAGCCAUGGAAGGCUUCAAGUUAUCCAACAACCCUUACAGAACCCAACUUAUCUCUCUCAGCUCUAUAAUGCCCAAGGACAACUGUUGAUGCCAAGCAAUAUAGCGUUGCAUACUGGAAUAAAUCCUCAACAGAUACAGGUUAUAACAAAACCUUUCAAUGGAAACCAACUGGCUCCCCAUAUGCUCACAACAGCGCAAGGCAAACAAGUUAUUCAAGCAAGUCAAGGUGCUACAUUCCCUGGUUAUACCACGCAAAAUCAGCAAACACUGGUGAUGGGUGGUCAAAAAGUGAUGCAGAAAGUCGCUACUAGCACAGGCGGUGUACAGACCCAACAGCAGCAGGGGCAAUGUGUGCAGGUUUCUCAAGCAAUGAUCGGUUCACAACCUACUGCUCAAAUCAUUAGUCCUAUUCAGCCUGGUGGUCAACCUAUGCAGUUCGCAGCACCAUGGCAAUUCAAUGGAAUUCCUCAAGUUUGGGCAACAAAUGGUAUCCAACCACAAACUCUUCUGACCCCAAAUCCAAUAUUCAUCAGAGGAACACAGCCAGAUGGCUCUCCUGGACCUGGCAUAUAUAUCCAACAAAGUCCACAAGCUACCAUCCAAACUCAACAAAAUCCUACUAUCGCAACGCAGGGAAAUGUUCAACAAAUAUCUAAACCCAGAAACGCUAAUGAAAAUAUUCAACCAAAACAACCAACCUCAAGACCUCUCAUUCUACCUUCCAAUAACAAUAUAAGGCCAGCUAGUUCUGCUGUUUCAACACAAACUAUUGGUGCUCAAACACCUAGCUUUAUAUAUUUACAGGCUUCCAUGGGUGGCAAACCUGGAACCAAAAUAAGAACAAAGGCACCUCAAGUACGAACUUCACCUGCACUAAAAGCUGAUGCGGCAAACCAAACUCAAAUCAAGCCUUAUAACAAUAUGCCACAGCACCAAAUGGUAGUGAUGAAUACAUCAACUGGCAUGACGGCAACAAUGACGCAUGGUGGCCAAAUGACAGUGGAUAAAAAUCAGCAGAUGGUGAAUCAAAAUAAAAAUCAACAAAUGCAACAACAGCAACAAACCCAACAGACCAUUCUUAUGCAGCAACAUCCUCUCCAUCAACAAGUACAACAACAAAUAAUGCUACAACAGCAGCAUCAGCAACAACAACAACAACAACAGCAGCAACAACAACAACAACAACAGCAGCAGCAACAACAACAGCAACAACAGCAGCAGCAGCAACAACAACAACAGCAGCAGCAGCAAGGAUCGCAGCCGCAACACAUCCAACCUAAACCAAUGAUUCAAACCAUUCAAGGAAUACAACAACAGAUUCAGAUGGCGGGAGACCGACCUAUAAUGCCUGUUGCUUCUAUGUCUCAAACAAAUACGCAACAGGUUCAACAAACAUUACAACAAACGAUUCAACAGGGUACUAUCCAGCAGUGUUUGCCUAUUCAAUCAAAUUUAGCUGUUACUCAGCAGACUAUGCAGAUGCAGCAGAUCCAACAGCAAAUCAAUCAGAUGGCACAACAAGGCGCCAUAAUUGGUCAAAUUCAAACGAGUCAACCCACUCAGAUGCAGCAAGUUACAAAUCAAAAUCAGAUUCAUCAGAUCCAGCAAAAUGGGCAGCAAACAAUCACAAUGCAGCAGGCACAGCAAGUCCCCUUGCCAAGUUCGGUGCCUAUGGUGAAAAACGAGCUGAUGAACGAAGUGUCAUCGGCAGAUAGCGCUUCGCAAUCGGCUAACAGCAGUGGUGAAGCUAAGGAUUCUUCUUCUGAAGCCACUUCUUCUCAAGGGGAACUACGGGAAGCCAAUUCCAAUUCGAACGAUACAAAACAUAAUAUUGGAACAAUAGAGCCAUCCAUACAACCCUCGUCGAUCUCCAGUGCCGCUCAAUCUACCCCCACUCCUGCAGAAAAUGGGCUUCCAUUGACUGAAGAAGUUAAAGAAAGGUGUCCGCCUAAGGCAAUGGUUAAACCUCAGGUGUUAACUCACGUCAUCGAGGAUUUCGUCAUUCACGAAUCUUCGGAGCCUUUCCCGGUAACGAGAGGUUUACUCAGUGACUUGAAAACGAGCUAUAAUGCAAUGGAGAGGGACCCUGAUGAACCACCAAAUAAGAAACGCGCCGGGACGCCGUCUGAUCAGCUCAUAUCCUCAAAGGGUGACGGUGACAUGGCAAAAUGCGAGGCUUGUGGUACCGUCGAUCUCAAAUCGAAGUUCAAGAAGAACCACCGCUUCUGUUCUGUUGCUUGUUCGAAGUCUAGCAAGAAGAGCGACAAGAAGAAGAAGUCUGAGAGGGAGAGUCUGGAGAUGGACGUGGACAGCUGUCCAUCAGGAGCUGAGAGUACCAUGAGUUCGAAUGGAGCUGACGAUGACUUGCCUAAGGUGGAUCCUUUGAAAUGGAGUGUUCAGGAAGUGUGCGACUUCAUCAAAAACCUACCAGGUUGUUCGGAUUAUGCUGAAGACUUCUUGAUACAGGAAAUCGACGGCCAAGCUCUUAUGCUGCUGAAGGAAGAUCAUCUUAUGACGGCUAUGUCGAUGAAACUUGGACCAGCGCUAAAGAUUGUGGCGAAAAUCGAUGACAUGAGAGUCGAUAAAGAGCCUCCAAAGCAAAAUUAAGCAGACGAUGUGGAUUCCAGAAAAAUAUUGUGCGAAGUGAUCUUUCAUUUGGGACAACUGUUGUUGCAAGGAAUGAAUAAUAUAGAUUGAAUUUUAUUCAGGCAUUCACUUGAGUGAUCGAAGAUUCAAGAAGUGAAUAUUCCAUAAUAAUUUAUGUAUAUAAAAAAUGUUUUAUUCCUUUUUCUAACCAGUUCAUUUUGUUUGAAUAAGAAUUUCUCAAUUUUGCUCUAAUUCUAUGUGAAUAAUGUAUAUAGGGAUUGAAGACUGUUGUUAUUCUCAAAUAUUCCAAAUUCCACUAAGUAUAUUUUACAUUCACCUGUAGAAUACUGUAUAUAUCAUAAACAUAGUUAUGUACAUAUAUCUAAUAGGUUAAUAUUUAUUUCAUCUUGUGCAAUGUAUGAUUUUUUAGUUAAAUGUUAAUUAGACCAUAAUUUUUGGAACAAAACUGCCAUUAUAUCGAUAAUAAAGUUUGUAAUUUCUAUAAA